AUGAAAGCCAGUCAACUCACGAGACCGGAUGGCAAAGUAGCCCGGCUGCGAGCAUCCUGUGAUGCUUGUAACGAAUCCAAAGUCCGAUGCAGUCAAGCCAAGCCAACUUGCGCCCGCUGCGAGAAGCAGAACAUCACUUGUGUAUAUGGAUUAUCCCGCCGCAGUCACAAAGAUGCCCCACGAAUUGGAACUCAACCUACGGCAAUACCAGAAUCCUCCGAAUCGACCGGCGAUGCGUCCUUGCCAUCAGCCGUGUGUCCCCCUUCUCCUUGCCGGACAAUAGACGACUCAAUACGUCCUAUCUCUGUGAUGGCUGAUGGAAUAUGCAAUAAGGACACUGUUGAUACGAUGGCUGACAGCCUCUCUUGCUUCCGACCAAAUAUGGGAUUGUAUAAUUCACAAGUAUUCGACGCGAUCGACAACACGAUGGAUCUACAUACGGGAUUCGACCAAGUGGAAGACAUGUUGGAUGGCUACGACUUCCUCAACCAAUGCCUCAGCCUACAUACACCCGGUCAUACAGCAAGCAAGGAUCCAAACUCCGAACUAGAAGCUACAAAUUCCCAAAGAAACAAUUAUCACCACGCAGCCGCUGAGAGUCCUAGCCAUCGUGAGUGUAGCUGCACAUCUCAUCUGAUGAAACAAUUGGUAUCUAUGCCGCUUGCCUUUGAGAAUCAGGCAAACCCAUCAUUUGAUGUGCAGCUCUCAGAAUUAAAACUGGCAGUCAACGUGUCAAAAACCUGCAUGGGUUGCAGUUGCACCUUGCAGGAUGAUAUGGCGAUGUUGAUGAUCAGCAUUCUCAUCGGGAGAGUCAUUCAAGGAUUCGAGAAAACCCUUUCAAUUAUUCGGCCCAUGGCAGAUACAGAAAAUUUCAACGCCCCGAACGGCCCGGGGGGGCCUGGGCACGCACCUACACUGUCGUGGGGGACACUACAGAUCGAGGCAGACGAAGAGGACGAGCUGAAGCAGCAUAUGUGGCUGCUACAAUUUCGGAAAUUUCGACCAGUGCUAAACCAGUUCAAUACAUAUAUCGGCCGGCUGGGAGGUACUUAUGGCUUUGGUGAUUCUGCUCAGGUCAAGGCCUACCAGUGCAUACAUAUGUGGUUGGCGCAGAAGAUGGAUAAUGUGAAUAAUCAGUAUAAGGCUCAAGAAGGUGUGAGGGGCAACCUGAUAGGUUAG